AUGACCAAGAUGUCUGCAGACGAUAGACUGAAGCUGGUCGCCUCUUCCGCCCUGCUGAACUUAUUUUCUUCAUACAAGGUCACAACGCCCAUCUCGUCCUUUGAUCUCCUCACACGCGUCAUCGCCUCGGGUCCUCCACCAGCAGGCCUCCUGCCAGGUCCAGGUCCUCCUCCCACGUUCCGUCUCACGGACCUCUCGCGUUUCGAGACAGUCUUAGAGUCUCUCUCCGAAACCUGGGAGCAUGGCAAUAUCUCCGUACUUCGGGAGGCGCGCGACGGCGAGCUCAUGGUCAUGGAGGUGAAUGUGGGUGAGGCAGCGAGCAGCGCCGCAUUAGGGCACGGGCGCAAGCGCAAGCGUGUGGUGGACGAGGACGCGGACUCGGCUGCGGGCGAUGCGGAGGAGGAGGAGGACGAGCGGCUGGAGCAGAUGCGAGCGCGCAUGAAGCCUGCGCCGACGACGCUUGCGAGCCUCAGCAAGGACAUGAAGGAGGUGUACAAUAUCCUGCAGCGGAGUACGGCCAAGGGAAGGCUGUUGGCCGAGCAUUUCCGUUCCGUCAACAGCGGCUUCGAGCCCAUCUGUCCGCAUAUUACGAAGAACGAGUGUGCCAAAGCGCGACGUCUAGCUGCCGCCGCUACAGAUCCCGCAGCUGCAGACGCCCCCGCAACCAUAUGUGACCGUGUACACUUCCGCCCUCUCAUCCGACCUCACACCGACCCAUCCCUGGGCCACUGCUCGUACCUCAACACAUGCUAUUCGGAGCCCACGUAUGCUCAAUCUCCCUCCAUACCACCUCUGCCCUCUCACCGCCAGACGGGUUAUGGCGCGCAAGGUGCCGCCACUGUCAGUCUUCCGAGCGGGCUGGGUGCUGGCGGGCGUGGCAAAGAGAAGGCCCCUUGUCGCUACUUACACUUUGAGAUAGACUGGGAUGCGAGUGACGGUGCGACGCAGCCUGAGAGUCGCGUGGAGGUGAGGAAGAAAGUAUAUAAGUUGCCUAUCGGGAUGGGGCCGACUGGCAAAGAAACACCCAUGUUGCCUCCGCAAUGGAUCAAUUGCGACUUGCGGCGGUUUGACUACUCUGUGCUGGGCAAGUUCCAUGUCAUCAUGGCCGACCCUCCAUGGGACAUUCAUAUGAGUCUGCCAUAUGGUACCAUGACGGAUGACGAGAUGCGUGCGAUGCCCAUCCCUGCCCUGCAAGACGAGGGCUUGCUUUUCCUCUGGGUAACGGGGCGGGCUAUGGAGGUUGGCCGAGAGUGUCUCCGUGUCUGGGGUUACACACGAGUUGAUGAGGUUGUCUGGGUUAAGACGAACCAGCUGCAACGCGUCAUUCGCACAGGCCGCACAGGACAUUGGCUGAAUCAUACCAAGGAGCAUAUGCUCGUCGGCGUCAAGACCGUCACGGACGAGGCAGGCAACCUCAAAUUUCCCUCAUGGGCCAACCGCGGACUCGACACCGAUGUCAUAGUCUCCGAGGUCCGGGAGACAAGCCGCAAGCCUGACGAAGUGUACGGUAUGAUAGAGCGAAUGUGUCCCGGCGGGCGGAAGAUUGAGAUUUUCGGGAGGAAACACAAUACCAGGCCUGGGUGGUUGACACUAGGGAACCAACUGGGCCUCGCUGAUCAGAUCUACGAAGAGGACCUUGCCGCUAGAAUUAAAGCUAGAUACCCUGAACGUAAUGUUAACGCGCUGCCGAUGGGCGGACAGUAAAUGAAUUGCCAUGAUAAUGUAUCUGUCAGCAACCGUACUUUGUCGCUGUAUCUCCUUGCUGUCACUGUCUAUGUAGCUGUAGUUCUUGGACCUAUGUUUGCCACGCUUCUUGUAUAGAUUCAUCGCUCUCAUUAUGCAUUCAGUCAUGGUACUACUUCCUUGCCCGCCCAGUCCCACACUCUUCCUCUGCUCUUGCUGUCCAGGUCACGAACUACGUCGACAAUCCUUUCUGCAGCAAAAUCCGGCUCGAACAGCUUGUUCUCCGG